UAAAACCCCGUCGAGAUGUUUACGAAGUAUUCACAAAAUCCCAGACCUCUGCUGUAGGAAGUUGGUAUAUCCAAAAUGUUUUCAAAAUACUUCAUCGUAGGAGUAUGCCUUGUAGCCAUCGCUAGCAGCGAACUUCUUCGCAUCAAACUUAAGAGGACACCCAAGGCUCUUAUCACUCAUCGUACCGUCAAGGGACGCAGCGGAGUUGAGUUACUGAAGAAUUAUGCUGGUUUCGAUUACUACGGAGAAAUUGGUAUUGGAACACCAGCUCAAACGUUCACAGUUAUUUUCGACACUGGAUCAUCUAACCUAUGGAUACCAUCCAUUUCCUGCGACUCAAACGGAUGCUCGAAUCACAAGAAAUACGAUAGCAGCGCCUCAGAAACCUAUGUCGCCCGCGGAGAAGGUAUACAGAUGUCAUACGAAGGUCAAAGCAUGAAGGGCCACUUGUCGCAAGAUACUAUCACUGUCGCAGGUUUGACUGUUACCAACCAAAUAUUCGCUGAAGCUACCAGUCUAAGCUCCGCCUUCACCGACACGUACUUCGAUGGUGUCCUCGGUUUGGCAUACAGGUCCAUUGCAGAACGUAAUGUUACACCGGUUUUGUACAAUAUGCACAGCCAAGGUGUCAUCUCAUACCCAAUCUUCUCUUUCUAUUUGAACCGCAAAACUAACGACUCUAGAGACGGCGGUGAAAUUAUCUUUGGAGGGUCAGAUCCAAACCUCUAUAUAGGCUCCUUAACCUACGUUCCUGUUAUUAGUCAAGGAUUUUGGCAGAUCAAAAUAGAUUCAGUUACCAUCGGUGGCUUUGCCUUCUGUAGUUGCCAAACUAUCCUUGACUCUGGGAUUAGCGGAAUCAUUGGGGCUAUAGAUGCCAUUGCUCGCAUCCAUUCAAUUAUUGGUGCUGAACAAGAUGAUUUUGGCAAUUUCGUAGUUGCAUGCGAAUCGGUUUUAAGGUUUCCAAAAAUAAACUUCAACUUGGGUGGCAACAACUACCCAUUGACAGGUUCUGACUACAUCAUCCAACUAACGGUGGAUGGCGUCACCACUUGCAUGUCUGGAUUUAAAUCCCAUCCAAAUAUUGGUGACGAUGACCUUCCAUGGAUUUUAGGCAAUAUCUUCUUGGGAAAGUAUUACACUGAGUUCGAUAUGGCUAACAACCGUGUUGGAUUCGCUAUAGCCCGUUAGUCCUUAACUUAUAUUUUUAAAUAAAAUGUUUUGAUAGAAA